AUGGCUUCAUGCAACACUUCCUAUCCAACUGCGGUGCCGACGCUGUACCACCACCACACCAGAUCUGCGCCGGUUGCCAAUACCCUAAACCAAUCGGAGGACUGUUUGCGCUCCCGGGUGAAAGUGCCUUCCCCGCCACCGACGAGUUCGUCUCGAGUGAGCAAGGCCAUGAAAGGGAAGCGCGUCCAUGCAUGUGAGCACCCGGGGUGCUUCAAGGUAUUCACCCGAGCCGAGCAUCGGAGACGCCAUGAGCUCAGCCAUGGGCCGAAGAAACAAUAUGUGUGCCCCCACGGAGAAUGCGAAAAGGCUUUCCACCGCGCAGACUACUUGAACCAGCAUCUGUCCCGACACGCUCCAUCGCCCCCCAAAGUGAAGAAGUCCCAUUCGCAAAGCGAGACAGCGUCUCGACCGAUCCAGCAGCCACAGCCACAGCAGCACCUUCAACAACCACAACCGCAGCGAUUUUCACCACCGGUGCUGCAGUCCAUCACUCCAAACCCGCCUGCCGUGCCUAUGGUCCAGGAUCCUGGCUACACACGCCCAUGGGGAAGCAUGGACUCUUCCGUCUCAUGCUCGCAGUGCUCCAGGGGCCCAAGUCAAUCACCAGUCUCAGUUGACGAUUACCCGUCUCCAUAUUCCUACACAGGCGAGACAUGCAGCUCUCCCCUCCCCACCGAAACAUUCACAAAUCCUCAAUACCCUUCUUCGGGCAUGCCGGGCGAGAUGGUGACGGCCAUCGACCAAUACCUUCGAAGUAUCCUGAAGCCCGAGGCCUUCACGGUCCCCGAGCAACACAUGGAUCCCGCGAUCUGGAGCCCAGGUCUUGAGAUCGACCCAACCUUGAUGAAAAUGGAACCACAGCAGGAUCAACUACCAAUGUACUCCUGGCCUCCCGCUGAGAGCCUUCAAUAUGAGGGCCAUAUGACUCACAUGAAUCAGCCUCACCCUGACUCUCAUUGA